UGUAGGUGUAAAUUCAGUUUUCUUUUUUUAAAUCUAUUUCUGUGCCACUUCCUGCAGCCAGCCUGGACAUCGCGCACACCAGUAAUUCCAGUAUCUGAGAGCAGACCAAGUGUGGGGUGACAUGGCCCAGGGGAAUAAUUACGGGCAGACCAGCAACGGGGUGGCGGACGAAUCCCCCAACAUGUUGGUGUACAGAAAGAUGGAAGACGUCAUAGCACGCAUGCAAGAUGAAAAAAAUGGAAUUCCCAUUCGUACCGUCAAAAGCUUUCUUUCCAAGAUACCUAGCGUCUUCUCUGGGUCAGACAUUGUUCAGUGGUUAAUAAAGAACUUAACUAUAGAAGACCCAGUGGAGGCGCUGCAUUUGGGGACAUUAAUGGCUGCUCAUGGCUAUUUCUUUCCCAUCUCGGAUCACGUCCUCACGCUCAAAGAUGACGGCACCUUUUAUCGGUUUCAGACACCCUAUUUUUGGCCAUCAAAUUGCUGGGAGCCAGAAAACACGGACUAUGCGGUUUACCUCUGCAAGAGAACGAUGCAAAACAAGGCGAGGCUGGAAUUGGCCGACUAUGAAGCUGAGAGCCUGGCCAGGCUUCAGAGAGCCUUUGCUCGGAAGUGGGAAUUCAUUUUUAUGCAAGCAGAAGCACAAGCAAAAGUGGACAAGAAGCGAGACAAGAUUGAAAGGAAGAUCCUUGAUAGCCAGGAGCGAGCGUUCUGGGACGUCCACAGACCUGUGCCUGGAUGUGUAAAUACCACUGAAGUGGACAUCAAGAAGUCAUCCAGAAUGAGAAACCCACACAAAACACGGAAGUCUGUCUAUGGUUUACAAAAUGACAUCAGAAGUCACAGCCCUACCCACACCCCCACACCAGAAACUAAACCUCCAACAGAAGAUGAGCUACAGCAACAGAUUAAAUAUUGGCAAAUACAGUUAGAUAGACAUCGGUUAAAAAUGUCAAAAGUUGCUGAUAGUCUGUUAAGUUACACAGAACAAUACUUAGAAUAUGACCCAUUUCUUGUGCCACCUGACCCUUCGAACCCAUGGCUGUCUGAUGAUACUACUUUCUGGGAACUCGAAGCAAGCAAAGAACCAAGCCAGCAGAGGGUAAAGCGAUGGGGUUUUGGCAUGGACGAAGCAUUGAAAGACCCCGUUGGGAGAGAACAGUUCCUUAAAUUUCUAGAGUCAGAAUUCAGCUCAGAAAAUUUAAGAUUCUGGCUGGCAGUGGAGGACCUGAAGAAAAGGCCUAUUCGAGAAGUCCCUUCCCGAGUGCAGGAAAUAUGGCAAGAAUUUCUGGCUCCCGGAGCCCCCAGCGCCAUUAACCUGGAUUCUAAGAGCUACGACAAAACCACACAGAAUGUGAAGGAGCCCGGGCGGUACACGUUCGAGGACGCUCAGGAGCACAUUUACAAAUUGAUGAAAAGUGAUUCAUAUCCACGUUUUAUAAGAUCCAGUGCCUACCAAGAGCUUCUACAGGCAAAGAAAAAGUCGGCACACUCAAUGGAUCGCAGAACAUCUUUUGAGAAAUUUGCACAGAAUGUGGGCAGAAACAUCCCCAUUUUCCCAUGCCAUAAAAACUGUACACCAACACUGAGGGCCAGCACUAACCUGUUAUGA